AUGAAUACCAAAGACGAAAGAUUGUUUUUAUCACUUUUUGAAAAAUUGGUGGAGGAUAAAAAUAAUUCUAAGUAUAUUAAUAGUAUAAUAGAAUUUAUUGAUGCUCGAAAUAGUCUUAAUGUAAAAAAUCAAGUUAAUGGAGAUGCCGAAGACCAAAAAGAUCCAAAAUCAAGCAGCAAAGGGAAGGAAAUAAUAAAAAAUAGAAAGUAUUUGUAUAAGCUAGUGAAAAAUGAAGAUGAAUAUCUGCAAUACACACUGGAUAGGCUCUUGAAAGGAAUAAGUUCUGGAGCGAAGAAUAGCAGAAGCGGCUUUGGCAAUUGUUUGGGCAAAGUGCUGAAAAAAUACGAAGAUUCCAUAGACUUUGAUAACCUAAUUAAGCAGUUCUUGAGUGUGUACUCCUCGACCAGCGAAUUUGUACUAAACAAGCAAGUAAAAUACAUAUACCUGGGAAGACUGGAAAUAAUAUCGCAAUUGCAGAAGUUGAAUUACUUCCGAAACCAUAGAACGGAACACACGGAGAAGAUAGUCGGAUAUUUAUUGGAAGCAUACAGCAUUAAGACGUAUUUACAAGAUUCAUCGAUGAUUCUGCUAAUGAUGGUACUGUCGGAUCUCCACAACGGGAAUGAGGAAGCGUACGAAUCGGUAAAGAGGAAGUUUAAUUUAAAAGAUAAUAACCCAUCGAUGAUGUCAAUGAGUUUGUUCAUAAGCAGUCUUGAUAGUAAUAUGAGUGGAUUUAGCAAAGGAGAUGGUGGUGAAGGAACUGGCAGUGAAGGAACUGGCCUUGAAGAAGAUGGAAUGAUAGAAGAUGAAGUGUUGCUCAGAGGACUCGACGAAAUGAAAAACGGUUAUCCAAUACUGAGCGUGUACAUAUACUUUCUAGUGGAGAGAAUGAAGAAGGAUGAGAAGUUGUUCGAAAAGGCAGUGAACACGUUGAACUAUAUGAUGGAAAGUAGCAGCUUCAAUGCAGUGAAGGUGGCGUUGAUCACGCAGGCGAUAGCGAUCUUUGAAGUAAAAAAUGAACACAUGCUAAAAAAAGUGUUUGAAAAGUUGAACGUGUGCCUGAAAACAGUGGUAAAGUACUAUAGAUACGCAAACAGCACAAACAUUAAAAAGUUUGUCAACGGAUACAUAACAAUGUUGUCGAAUAUGUUCAGGGAGGGAUUAUUGAGUAAUAAGGAAGGAUUUAACGCAUACGAAUAUGUGUAUAGCAGCCUGAGUAAGAUGGAAGAAAUACCAGAAGAAGUAACAGCGUACGUGGAGAUGCACAAAAGGCUGUUUAGUGAAUUCUUAAAAAGAGUUGAUAGUGGAAGGUUAGAUGGAAUUAAAGAGGACGAUGGGAAUGCCGAUGAGAAUGAUAGAGUAAAGUCGUUAGAAUCGCGAAUAAGAUACGAAUUGCUGAUGAAAAUAGGAGAGUGCGUAAGCGUAAACAACAUAAGCAUUUUGAAUCCAGUGGUUAAAUCAAUAAUGUUCUCAAUAUCGCAGCACAGUGUCGACGACAAAGAAGAAUUAGAUCGAAGUGAAAUCGGUGCUGAAAUUAAGAAAGUUGACAUAAAAAAUGAGAAAAGGAAAGGAAGUGGUACCAGGGGAGCAGCUAAAGCUGAUGGUAAAGUGGAAAUGAAGAGGUCGAGAGAGUCAGGUGUGUCCAGGAGGAAUGAAAGUUUAUGUCAGAAGCUGUUGGAGGAAUUGAAGAGAGAUGAGAAAAAGUUUAAAUAUGUGCUAUAUUUAGUUAAGUUGCUUAUAAUUGACAACUUUUAUAAUUUAAAGAUACUGUCAAAGUAUAUCAGUAAUGAAUAUAAACUAGGAGUAAGAAGUGAGAGGUGUGGUACCGAAAUGAGUAGAGAAGAUAUGGAGGAGGAUGUGUAUGAAUUGUAUGCCACGUUGCUGGUAAAGUAUUUGGGGAAUUUGGAGAAUAAAUUCAAUAAGCUGGGUGUAAAUGAGUUGAAUAACUACUAUACAAUACUAGUGUCACAAGUAAACGCACUUUACGAGGAGGAGGUGAAUGCUGAGACGGAUGAUAGUGUGUUGAAUGUAAGGAAUAGGUUUUUGCUACUAGUUAAAACAGCGACCACAAAGUACAACUGUGCCACGGAUGUGGAUGAUAAAAGGACACUGAUGAACUUGAUAGUGAUGAUAUCAGUGUGUGUGUACUUGGUGCUACGGGUAAGAGAGGACGUGGAAGAAGAUAGGAUGUUCUUGGACUAUUUUGGUCACCUGUACAAAUAUGUCAACAACAACGAAGUGUCAGAGGAAGAAAGGAGACAGUUACACUAUUUAACUGUGAACUACAAGUUCAAUAACAGGAUUGGUAAGCAAUUGGAAAGUAUGUUCGAGUUGGUAAAUGGAUUAGUGUGGAGACUAGUAUCUGAAGAAUUAGAUGAAGAAUUCUGUAAAAAGAUACUUAAAACGACGUUAACGUGUGAUUUAAAUGUAAUAAAGAGUUUGUCAAAGGUAGAUUAUAGUACAGAUGAUUCCAGUGAGGAAGAUGAUGACGAUGACAUGGACGAAGAUGAACAGGACGAAGAUGAACAGGACGAGGAUGAAUCCGAAGAACAGGAAAACCAGAAAGAGUUGGAGGAACAGGAUAACGAUGAAUCAGACGAUGACUUAGAGGAGGAAGAAGAAGACGACGAUGUACUUUUGAAUGAUUAUGAUAAAAUAUAUGAUGAGUUGACGACAAAAUCAGAAUUCACUUUUGACAGGAAAAAAAUUAAAGAGGAACAUAGCGUAAAAGGAGAACAACAUGGAAUAAAGGAAGCAGGAUAUAGUUUAUUAUUAAACCACAGGUUAGAAAGAGUGAUGAGCUUAACUGAUUUGCUAGAGUUAUUGGAUGACUACGUAAAGUCAACUAAGUUUAAUUAUAACAGUAAAAUAAGUAAGUUGAUAAGGGAAUUAGCAAAAGUAAAGCAAGUGGCUGUUGUCAGUGUUCAGAAUAAAGAAGAAUUGCUUAAGAGUAAAAGAAGCAAGAGAACUAAUCUUGGCAGUAACAAUAACAAUAACAAUAAAACUCGUGGUGAUAACAAUAACAAUAAAACUCGUGGUGAUAACAAUAACAAUAAAGAACAGGAUUUUGAUGUUGAUGGCAAUGUUGAGAUGAUAAAUAAAAUAAUACAGAUACUAUUGUAUAAUAAGAACAGCAGAGGUGUGCUGGUGAAUGUAGUUGAAAUAAUGAGUAAAAUAGUAAAAAACAGUAAAUUGAUGACAGUGAUAGUCAACUAUAUGGUAUUUUUAGUGUUGACGAAGAGAACUAACGUAAAUGUGAAUACGUUGGUGGAGUUGUAUAAAAAGUACGAAUGUGUGCUAAACAUGUUUAAGAUAUUGCAAGUGUUGAGUAAAAAUGUGAUGAAAUCGCAGUUAUUGGUAUUCACUUCGAGAGUAAUUGAAAUGAACAAGUACUACAAUAAAGAAGGAGCGGACUUGGAAGAGUACAUAAGUAAAGUGGGAUCAGGUAACUUUAGAGAGUACAUGAGCGGUAAGGAUGUAAAAGAGGAUUUGAACGUGUUGUUAAACCACGUGAUGCAGUUCAGUGAAACAUCGACAAUAGUGGAAUCACCCGAGUUAACGACAUCAGAGUCAGUAUCUUCGGCGCUAGAGCCAGAAAGUGGCAACUCACCAAAAAGAGUUAAAAUAGACGAAAACAGAAAGAAAAACAGGGGCGAAUACAGCAGUCAGUACGUGAAGGCAAUAGUAGUGAGUAUCAACACAAUGUAUCACUACGUGAAUAAUGGUAAAAGUGGCAAAAGUAGCAACAUUAACAACGGUUGCCAGGAAACAAUCAGUGGAACUGGUGAAAUAUUUAGUAAGAUAAAGGCGAAGGUAGCGUCAAUACAACAUAAGCAACUUAAAAAGUACUUUAACAAUAUAGCAAUAAGAUAA